CUCAUUCCCUAUCCUCCAAAUUACAAAUCUGUCAUCAUCACCUUCUCGUUGUCGAUGGAGCCAAUGCAAUCUCCGUCGGAGGUUCACUCUGGCGAGGACUUCGUUCACAUGGAAGACUCCAAGCCUACAGGCGUUAUGUCGUUAAGCGACAGCAUAGUGAAUGUGGAGAAGGCGGACCUGCUCGACAAGGCUGUGGAGGAGGAAGAAGGAAACAAAGUCUCCGAUUCCGUGGUUAGCGACGGAAAUGGAGCGGAUGUUGGCGAGUGUUCACCGGAGACGAGGAGAGUGGACCUCCCCGAGGAUCUGACGAAAAGCCUUGUGAUCUUAACGUGCGAGUCCAUAGGGAAUAAUGGAUCUUGCGAUGUGUAUCUCAUCGGGACUGAUCAUGCAUCAAAGGAAUCCUGUAGACAAGUUCAAACAAUAAUCAGUAUAUUGAAACCAGAGGUUGUAUUCCUGGAGUUGUGUUGUCGUCGAAUGUCUGCUCUCCAAUCUCAGACUGUGAAGACUCCAACUCCAACCAUGUCAGACAUGAUAAAAAAUUGGAAGCAGAGAGAGAACAUGUUUGAAAUAUUUAUUGAGUUGAUUCUUGCAAAGAUUUCCAUUAAGGAUGUGGAUGUUUAUGGUGAUGAGUUUCGUGUGGCAUAUGAAGAGGCCCUUAAAUAUGGCGGCAAGGUGGUUCUCGGCGAUCGUCAUCAAGAGAUCACGUUUAAAAGAACAUGGGCAAAGAUGCCUCUAUGGCUCAAGGUAAAGUGUAUAUACUUCCCGCUGUUUGUAGCUUUCUUUUUGCCGAGCGCUCAAGUGGACGGAAAGGAACUGGAAGAAAUGGACUCGUUGGAUACAACCACACAAAUGAGCAAGGAUUAUCCUGUCAUGGAUACAUUUGUGCAUGAGCCUGACCAGUACAUGUCAUAUGCUUUACUGAGUGUUGCAAGUGAGCGCAGUUCAGUUGUGGCAGUUGUUGGCAGCUCGCAUAUUGAUGGAAUUAAGAAGAACUGGAAGCAACCUAUAUCGAUGAAAGAUCUAAUGGAGAUAACGGAGUCAGUCUUUACAGUGAAGAGGAUAGUAUCAUCAGUGGCAAUUGGAUUUGCAGGGAUAGCUAUUGUUUCGGUCAUUCGUCUUACAAGAAGAAGGUCAAAGAGACUGUGAUGGGGGCGAG